CCUCCUCCACAGUGAGGGGGCAGGUCCUGUUGUGCGCUGAGCUGUGUUACAUCCUCCGGCCAGUGAUGCUGUAGCUCACACGGGGCUUUGCUCACCCUUCCUUGCUCAUCCUUCGUAGAAGCAAAGCGUUUACGUGACCUGCUUUCAGCACUCGAGCCGGCAGACAGCUCCAAUUCUCUCCACGGACAAGCGGAGAUCAAGUCAGCCGUUCCCCCACCGAAGGCUUCACUCAAGCGGCUAGCAAUCUCGCAGACUCCGCGGCGGCGGUUGGAGACCAAUCAGCCACUUUUUUUUAACUAUUAGUUUAGGAUGGCGCCAAAACAUCUUUGCAUCGUGUUCUAUUUUAUUGUUUUCAGUCUACUAAACCAAAUAUGUGCCUUUCCUACACCGACAGCAUCCAGCGAGGAUAAAUCUGUUUACAAUCGACAGCUGACAGAAGAAAGACCACUCCAAGAGCAGAUCGCUGAGGCUGACAGUGUGAAGGCUGCAGUACAGUCGGCUGAGCGCAAGCGACCAGCCGUCUCCGAGGAGCCAGUCGAUGACUCGACUGUGCUGAAGUCAUUAGACCAGAGCCACAAAUUCAAGGAGACCACUGAUGAUGUCGAGAAGAAAGAUGAGUACCUUCCAGAUGAAUCGGAUUCCACCAAGAGUCGCCGUCUGGCUGAAGAAUAUGACUCGACCAAGAACGGGAUGGAGCACGGCAAGUACCAAGAUGAGACAGACACGUUCCGUCAGGUGGAUGGCACUCCAUUGACAGCCGAAGACAUCGUUCAGAAGAUCGCAAACAAGAUCUACGAGGAGGACGACAGGGGCGUCUUUGACCGGAUUGUGUCCAAGCUGCUCAAACUGGGUCUGAUAACGGAAAGUCAGGCUGACACACUGGAGUAUCAGGUGGCCGAGGCCCUGCAGGAUCUCAUUACCAAAAAUGCCAAAAACGAGAUCGAGGACAGCAAUGAAGGGGAAGUCACGGGUGUGCAGGACACACAGGCAGCAAACUCGGAUAAAUGGGAGCAGCCCAGGAGGCGCUACGAUGACGAGGAGGAAGAGGAGGAUGAUGAGGUUACGGAUGAUGUGGAUAGGGAUGCUGAAGACGACGACGAGACGCUAGUGAACACUUGGGACAAAGACGGCGCCGAGGAUGACAACGAAGUGAACCCAGAAGACGGCCUUCAAGAUCUCCAGUACUUUCCCAAUUUCUACCGUCUGCUCAGGAGCCUCAAUUCCGAUCAAGACGCUCAGGAAAGAGAGACGCUCAUCACCAUCAUGAAGACGCUGAUUGACUUUGUGAAGAUGAUGGUCAAGUACGGCACCAUCACACCCGAGGAGGGCGUCUCCUAUCUGGAAAACCUGGACGCUAUGAUUGCGAUGCAGACCAAGAACAAGCUCGGAAAGGCUCUCGGACCGCCAGACUUUACAGGACCUAACGUGGGAAAGAAUUUGGAUGAGGAUGACAACACCAAGGCCGAGACUGCCAAGAUGCAGAAGGAGUAUGAGGGCCUGAAGGACUCCACCAAGCAGGAUCAGCCAUCAACCAAUCGGCCUGGCAAGUCCGAGACGUAUCUGGAGGCCAUCAGAAAGAACAUCGAGUGGCUGAAGAAGCACAACAAGGAAGAAGGCAAAAACGACUAUGACCUGUCCAAACUGAAGGACUUCAUGGACCAGCAGGUUGACUCUUACAUCGAGAAGGGCAUCAUAGCCAGAGACGAGGGGGACACCAUCAAAAGGAUCUACAGCAGCCUGUGACAUCCUCCUCUAUCCUCUAGAACUGAAUCAAGAUACUAAGAGAACAUUCAUUUCUUACUUACACUUGAUCCCCAUGGCAUGGUAAAGUGUAUUCAUAAUAACUGCUUACUUUCUCAUACAUGCUACAACCACGUUGAGGGAAAGGAUGUAAUAAAACUAUGAAACAAGGCACUAAAAUAAUUUCAUCAAUAUUUCCACCGCAAGAUUGAAGAGUAAUAAUCCCCAGCUUUGUCAUUUCUAUUCUAUUUUUAAGACAACAUAUACUGUACAGCGCUGAAAAAUAUUAGGAGACAAAUAGCUUAUAAUUUUGCAGUGAUCUUUUAAUUCUAUCUAUCUAUCUAUCUAUCGAUCUAUAUCUAUCUAUCUAUCUAUCGAUCUAUCUAUCUAUCUGGCUAGCUAUUAGUGCUGUGUAGCAAUGACCAUGAUCUAAAUAAUCAAACAAUUUUCCGGAAAGAAUCACAUUUUUCUACUUCUAUUUUCUACAAAGCUUGUUACAGCUAUUCACUCAAGUAAAACAUGCAGUUAAUGUGCAAUCA